GAGUCUUGCUCUACGCUUUUGUGGCUGCUCACUCGCUGAAUCUUGGGCGCGCGCUCUGCCCAUCGUUGCAUUGCCCUUGCCCCCCUGAACAACCGCUAGGCAAUUUGAUUCAACGGCCCACGACACACGCUGGACUUCGCGCUUGUCCGCCUCUUGGAUUUAGUCGCCGACGCCGCGCCACUAGCAGCUGUACCUAGCACACCUGGCUCUGCCCUCUGCCGUCUUGGUUGUCUCCAGAUUGCUUUCCAUACCUCGCGUCAGACCCCUCAUUAGGCCAAUACCCGCUCGCUUCUCACAUCCAGCUCAAUCGCAGCACGGGAUAAUAAUACGGCUGGUUGACUCUUUCCAUCCGCCAUCAGCCAAAGAUGGUCUGAAGGGCACAGCGCUACCUUUUGCACCGUGUCGCCGCCGAAACCCUCAUCACUCAUCCCUCAACCUGCAUACCUCGAUCCUCCCACGCACGACGAACGCCACGGCGGUCACGACGAGACGCCCAAAAUGCCAAUGCGACCUGCGCUGGCUGGCAACCCCCCGGCCUUGAACGUCCUGCCAGACCUGCCACCCGUUUCGGCCCUGUUCCUAAUCGAGUUCGACGUCAAGGCUGGCUACACCGUUACCUGGAAGCAGGCCAUCGCCGGGCUGGAGCUGGAGGGCGUGGUCGAGUACAAGAGCCUGCCUUCAGGGCUACACACGGUGUCCGAGGACCUGAUCUACUUCAUCCACGAGGGAGGCUAUGCCGGCCUGAGCGCAUUCGUCAAUGCGCCCACCGAGGAGGAGGGCGCCCGCCACGCCCGCAUGAUUGCCGUUGGAGUUCUUGUCCCUCUCAGCUAUGGCCGCCUCGGCCGCUCGUGGAGGCAUGCGGAGGAACUCCGGGAGAUGGCCGAGAAACUGGCUAUCGACCCAAAGGACACGAGCAUGCUGGAGCGAUACUGGACGGCGAACAAGGCGCCCGAUGCGGCCGCCAACAUGGAGCCUCUGCGGGACUCCCCGCUCAGCUCACCCUGGGUCAACUUCGCAACCGUCGCGGGCAAGGGCCACUCUAGGAAACGGUCUGCCUCUGAUGGUAACGCGCUGAUAGCACCAGGCCAUAGACUAUCACCAUUCCAUCCGGCUUGGAGCCUAACCGCCCUGCUCAACACCUUUGGCCCUUUGAUCUUUCCUAUACACCGCGCCGCCCUGCUGAGGCAGCGCAUUUUGAUAUCGACCCACGCGCCGGUUCAUCAAGCCUGCGACUAUGUUUACGACAUAUCCGUUCUGUCCAACAUACCACUCUCACUCUUUGAUAUGCUCGGUCCGACAGCUCCUUCGCAGCGCCUGCGCCCCCUCUUCACCAUCGGCGUGCACGAUAUCCCGUUCCUGAUCGAGGACCAAGCGGCGACGGCCGCGGCAGCAGCAGCCAGGAAGCGCCGCCCCAGCUCCACGACCCCCCUCAUCGGCGCCGACGACGUGGGCGCGGCCGGCAGUGGAUGGGUAGCCUGCACUACGGACAGCAUCCUCGCCAUGAAGAACGACCUGUGGGAUGUACUCAUCACCAUGCCGCCGCCGAACUCCCCGGCCAAGGAGCGCGUCUGGCCGACAGUCGAGCUUCCGGGUGGCGUUCAGGUCCGCGCCACGCAGCGCGACCUGCGCCGCUUCCGAAACCUCGGCGCCGGCCUGGCGCGACUCGCCCCCAAGCCUGAGGGCACUUUCUCAGACAGCCCGAGGCCCGAGGCGGCGGGAACAACCUCGGAGAGUGGCGCGCGGCCCGCGACCCCGCGCAGGCCUGGCACGUCGUCGGGAUGGUCGGCCGCGGCCGUCUGCCAGCACCUCGGCGACAGUGAUGCGCUCCUUGCCGAUGCGUCCGAGAAAGUCGUAGAGCCGACAACAUGGGCGGCGCUUGCGUACAGCGGGUUCAUGUGGUGGGCCAGCGCUGGUGAGCAACGACGAUCUGAGGAGGCCGAAGAGGCGGCGACUGAUGCCGCGCUUCUCACGGACCUGGCCGCGCCCACCUCGUUUUCUCCCCGUCAGCGCCGCGGAAGCGGAGUGGGCACUUCACCCCUAGCCAAGGCCGGAGCCGGUAGUCAGGGGCUAGGUAUAGCAGACUCGGUCAUGUCACUGCCCGCGCACCGAACCCCGGGUGGCCGGGCAGCCAGCGGCGCCACCGACACCGGAGAGGCUAUGCCGCAAUCGGAGGAAGGCGAGGCGGCGAGCAGCGACGAAGAGCGUGCCAGAGUCGAGCUCGCCACGAUUGCCUACUUCCGACGACUGACCACCCAGAUCAUCGCCGUGGUGGCAGACAUGGUGGAGAGCGGAGAGGACGACGACGACGACGACGACGAAGACGACCGGGAGGAGGACCUGACCAUGGCCUCGGCGGGCGACUCGGAGACGGAGGACACAGGGCUCCUGCGCCGCAGCGAGGGCACUGACAACAACAUGGAUGACAGGGACGAUGGCCUUAACGGGUCUGUGAGCAUCGAUAGUGACGCGCUCACCCGGAUGGGCCUGGACGUUUGGAGCAACAGCGACGUGGCCUUCGUCAGGGCCUUCACGCCACUAUACUUUUCGCGCCGGGCCAAGGUCGAGUCCAAGUGCGUCGAGGUCUGUGGGCUGCGUGUCUGCUGAGGGGGUUAAUAACUGGAUCUCGCUUAUAUGGCCCUGGCACAAAGGCAUUGGGAGCAAUGAGCGUCCAGAUGGAAAUUAUGGGCUGGAUUUCAUCGGUUUUGAUUGUAUAAAUAAGAGUCGUCUAAUAUGUGUAGGUAGCAUGCCGGCCAUGGGAUCCCGCCACUAUGGGUUGGCUCUUGCCCAAGGAGGGGAAAGGGCUGGUUGGUCUUGUCAGAUUCGAGGGGAGGGAUAAAGGCGAGUAGGCUAGCAAAAAUGAAAGCGAAUCAUGUAUUUACAUGUGAAUCUGUGA